ACCCCGCCCCACCGGGACCGGUGGUAGCUGGUGCCAAACCGCCCCCAGGGAGCCGCCGACGAGGAGGAGGAGGAGGACGCAGCCAUGCCGAGCGACGACACUCACCAGCCGGACCGCCGCCUCGUCUCAUCCGUCUCCAGCGCCUCACACGGGCGGAAGAUGCCGUGAGACCCCCCCGCAGGCCCUGGACGGCACCUGGCUGGGAGUGAGGUGGAGGAGCGGCGGACAACGGACGGCGGAUAAUGACGUGAUGGUUCCGGUGGUGGAGCGAGCAAAGCGCGGCUGCCGGCGCCUUUAAUGACCGGAGCUGCAGAGGAGAGCACCGGACUCUGACUGUGUGUGGACCCGCGUGUGGAGACCGACACCGGAGGAGGGAGACGGUCUCCAACAGGUUCCGUGAAGGCUCAUUUACCGGAGCUGCAGGGCCGACCAUUCCCCUGCCGAGGGCCGAGGCUUUUUCCCAGGGGGCUUUGCAGCACUGUUGAGGAUGCCACACACCCCAGAUGCUGACUUCUAUGGUUAAGGAGUUCCAGUGAGAGGAGGUCUUGAGAGUGACACUCCGCAGGCCUGUCAUGGUUUCCUACCUGUCACACUCCUCCAUCUCUGCAUCUCCCGCUGUCUUCUAAUAAGGGUUUGAUGGAGAGCUGGUCGAAUGUCAGCGGGAACUAUCGUUAUAACCGGAGGAAUUCUCGCCGGAGUGAUACUGCUGUGCAUCGUAGCAGUGCUCUGUUACUGUAGACUCCAGUAUUACUGCUGUAAGAAAAAUGAUUCUGAGGUGGACGUGGGCUCCUUGGUGGGAGAGGACCCCCUCUCUCACUUUCCCUGCAACGCCUGCAACGCCCUCGCCAUGGACGGCGCCACUAUCACCCCCGUCUCCCUGGAUCAGCUGGACACGGGUUCCCACCACAGCCCCUGCCCCACCUGUUCGCCGCGCCCCAUCCACUCUGGACUCGCGGACGGAAUGCGUAACGGAGGGGAGCGGCUGGGCUUCCACACCUACUACGAGAACCCGUCCGUCUCUCUUCCUCUGUCCGCCAACCCGCAGGGAUCCUCUCCUCUGAGUUACUUCGGCCCCUCGGACAUGUUCCCUCCACCGCCGCGCCCCUACAGCACCCAGGUCUGACCUCUGCUGCACCGCCACACAGACAUAUAGAUUUACGUACAUACACCUGACAUUCGCGAGCACAUGUGACUAAAUUCAGGUGAUGGAUUACAAAACAGCACAAUUACACUCACACACCCACAUUACCGCACACGCUCACUUCAGCCACAGAUUCAUCCGAGGAAAGUGACCCAUAGACUGAGCAGAGCCUCUGUGUGGGCAACAGAUCCACGGACCAGCAGAGGGCAGCGUGAAGUGCUGUUACAUCAGCAGGGAGGUGGUUAAUCAGCCUCACUUUGUUUCACGUGGGACUAAAAUGUGUUGUUGCCGAUUGGAUCAUAAACGUGAUCCGGUCCACAUUCAGGUGUGGACGCGCCUACACUGGUGCCGUCAUUCAGGCCACAUGUGAAAGUGGUCAGAUACAUGUGAAGGUGGUCAGAGACACGUGACCAUGCAUGUUCUUUAUAGUGUGACCACGUAAGGGCCCCACGCACAAGUCAGUGUUCUUUCUUUUUUUCACAAAAACCAUGUUGAUCAAUUACAGAUGAAUUAUGAAAAACAAAAUGUUUGUUGCCAUGAAAGUUUAUUUUAUAAACUGCACUGUUUUUACAAACCAAAAGGAAUUGAGUUAUAAGAAUUAAUGAAUUACAAAUUGAAUUUAACAAAAUCACUUUACCACCAAAAAUUCCACCAUAAUCUUUUUGGUUACACUUUAAUGUUAUUGGUUCAUAUUUUCUGAUUCAUUUCCAAAUAAUUUCACAAUUGAAUCACAUUUUCUCGGGUGUCACAAUGUUUUUUUUGUGCUAAUUAUUCAGAAAAGUAGGAAUUUCCUCCCAAAGGAAAAAUGAAAGUGCAAAAAGUGUUUAAACAUUCCUUGGGAAAUUAGUGAAAAUGUUUAAAAAAACAUCUUGCAAUGUUAAAGAAAGUGUGUUUGGGGGGGAAUCCUGGCUCCGCGCCCUGAUCCAGAUCCAUACCAAAAGUUAAACAGUUCUUACCUGAGCCACAUCCCGUCCUGUCAAUAACUUUUGCGUAAAUCUGUUCGGUUGUUUUGUGUAAUCUUGCUAACAAACAAACGAACAAAUCAACAAACAAGCAGACAGGUGUGAAAACAUAAUCCGCUUGUCGGAGGUAAAAGGUGGAUUUGUACUUAUCCAAUAAGAUUUUGAGUUCUCUUUCCUUAUUUAACGCAAAUAUCAGAAAAAAACUCAUGAACAAGUCAAGUCAACUUUCUGUCAUAUAGCCCAAUAUCACAAAUCACAGGUUAGCCACUAGGGGGCUCUUGCUCACAAGAAGACAACCGGUAACAAAAUGCAGAGUCUAAAACAUGGACCACCACCACUUCUUUGGUU